UUUGAAAAAUUUUGUGCUAGUUCUGGAUAUUUGAAUUCUUUAACAGAAUUAAAUGAUUUAAAACAAAUUGAAAAAGAAAUCAUUGAAUAUAUUUCAGACAUGAAAAAAAAAGAUGGUGGCAAAUAUAAAGCAAAUUCUAUUAAACAAGCACAUCCAAAAAUUGACCGUAGCAAUUCAGUAAACCUAUUAUAUCGUAUUUUUAUAUGUUUAUCAAUUCUCCUUGCAAUGCAUGAUGGUGAACACUAUCAACUUAAAGUUAAUCAGUUUAAAAUUGAUAGGCAAGGUGGUUUACAGUUUUUUCAUUACACUUCAAAAAAUAAUCAACGUGGACUCCAAAAAGGUCAAGCACAAGUUAUUUUAAUUCUUGUGAAUGCUGUUGGACCAUAUGAUGAUAUAAAAUUCUAUUUGUCCAAACAGCCUUCUUUAGCUGAUUCAGAAUUUUAUUUACAACUGAAUUCUGAUUGGAUGGAAUCAGGUAUUUGGUAUAAGAAGAAUCAUGUAGGAAAAAAUAAAUUAAUGAAUUUUAUGCGUAAAAUUGGAUGCAUCACACAAAUUGAUAUUCCUAUAGAAUUACUUACAAACUAUUCGGGUCAAAAAACUGCAGCCCAAUGUUUACAAGAUCGUGACAUUCCUGAACAGGCAAUUAUGCAACUUACAGGACAUAAGAGUGUUCAAGGAAUUCAUGCUUACAAGCAAGUUAAUGAAGAUCAACAACUUAAUACUAUAAAUACUUUGAUUAAUAUCACAAAUGGUAAUGAAAAAAUUCUCUCAAAUACCAUUUUUAACAACUGUUCUUUUACAAAUAUUACAUUUAAUAUUCAAAAAUAG